AUGGAUUGUCAAGACCAAGCUAAGGCCACGAGGGACACCAAGUUCUCGAGCUGCCGUGGCGUCUCCUUCGAGCUCAAGCCGUCGCCGCGCAGCUCAUCUUUCACCUUCGAGGCCACCGAUCGUCCAGUCCACCAGCCGCCGCCGCCCGCCCCGAUGGUCCAACGGUGGAUAUCGUUACCUCGACCAUUCAGCAGUGCAUCCUCUAGGAUGCAUGCUGCGGCGCGGGGUUCUCACGCUUUUGGAAGGCCACAGAGCCGCCCAAGCAGCCACUUCUGCGACCUCGACGACGAGGAAACGGACGAUGAGUCGGUCAGCGCCGUCCACGCCGCCGACGAGGAACUGGGCGUCGUCACGGCAGCCGGGGUCGCUGAUGACACGCCGGGAAAGGCGGCGGCUGGCGCACGAGCACCGCCGAAGCCAGCGCCUUCCGAGCGCUCGAGGCUCGGCGUCAUACUGCUCGACCAGGGCUUGUUCACCGUGUACAAGCGCCUGUUCGUGCUGUGCGUCGCGCUGAACAUGGUGGGGCUCGUGCUCGCGGCGACCGGGCAUUUCCCUUACGCCAGGGAGCACGCCGCCGUCUUCGCCAUGGGCAACAUCCUGGCGCUCACGCUUUGCCGCUCCGAGGCGGUGCUGCGGGUCGUGUUCUGGCUCGCCGUGACGCUCUUCGGCCGGCCGUGGGUGCCAGUCGUCGUCAAGACCGGCGUGACGGCCAUCCUGCAGUCGCUAGGCGGCGUGCACAGCGGCUGCGGCGUGUCGUCGCUGGCGUGGCUGGUGUACGCGCUCGUGCAGGUGCUCCAGCACCGCGACGUGACGCCCGGCGAGGUCGUCGGCGUCGCGGCAGCAAUACUCGGCCUCCUGGCGCUCUCGUGCAUGGCCGCGUUCCCGCUGGUGCGCCACCUCCACCACAACGCGUUCGAGCGCACGCACCGGUUCGCCGGCUGGAGCGCGCUUGCGCUGCUCUGGGUCUUCGUCGUGCUCUCUGCUGGCUACGACCCAGCGACCGCCUCCUACCACCGGCUCACCGGCUCCGUCCUCGUCAAGCGCCAGGAUCUCUGGCUCGCAGCCGCCAUCACCUUCUUCACUUUCCUGCCAUGGCUCACCGUGCGGCGCGUGCCGGUCAAGGUCACCGCUCGUUCCAGCCACGCAUCGGUCAUAACCUUCCAGGGCGGCGUCAAAGGCGGGCUGCUCGGUCGCAUCAGCCGCUCUCCGCUCUCGGAGUGGCAUGCCUUCGGCAUCAUCUCCGACAACGGGGACACGCACGCGAUACUCGCCGGCGCGGUGGGAGAUUUCACCCGGGCCCUCAUCUCGGACCCUCCAACACACCUCUGGGUGCGAGGCGUCCACUUCGCCGGGCUGCCCUACCUCCUGAACAUGUACCAGCGAGCGACCAUGGUCGCGACGAGCUCCGGGAUAUGCGUGUUCAUGUCGUUCCUGAUGCAGCCCGGCCCGGCGGAGCUGUCGCUGGUGUGGGUGGCCAAGGGCAUCGAGGCCAACUACGGCGAGGAGAUGAAGGCGGCGGCGUACAGCAGCGAGAGGCUGCGCGGGCGGGUGAUCGUGCACGGCACGGUGGUGAUGGGGCGGCCGAACGUGGCGGCGCUGGCCGUGGACGCGGCGCGGCGCUGGGGCUCGGAGGUGGUGGUGGUGAGGAGCAAUCCGGACGGGAGCAGGGACGUCGUGACGGGCUGCAACGAGGCCGGCAUCCCGGCGUUCGGGCCUAUCUGGGAUUCUUGAUCCCACAUUGGAAUGGACCACCAAUAACUUUCGCGCUUUGGGUACCAAGUGAAAACAUCAAUUCGUUCGAUAAAUAUUUGCUAUCAAUUUAUAUAGAGACCAUUUAUCAAUUUCAGUCAAUG